GCGAAUCUAAAUAUUAAUUAAAUAGAACCGACAUGUACACUUGCAUUUCAAGUUGCGUUGUGGUAUAUCAUAUGUGAAAACAGAUCAUUGAAUGAACGGCAUUACCUUAGUUGGCAACAGGCCAACCAGGCACAAUAACGAAAUACCUUUCGGGUACUAUUGAUAACGAAUUGGACAGGAAUCCGUGACGCUGCAUCUACAACGGCUUCUGGACACGGAUGUUCAAAACAACAGCGUUUAUAAUCAAUGUGGCAGCAUUUUUCCACUUGAUCCAGGGGAUGCCAAUGAGAUGCACAGGGAACACGCGCUAUGUACCGGCCUCUGGGGUCGGGGAAUCGGACAAGGGGAAAUGUGAAGUGUGUCCGCAUUGUGACGGAGGCGGGUUCAUGUAUGAUCUGACUCUACCGCGUAAGGACAAUACUUAUUACGGAUUCACUUCCUGUUACCCAUGCGUUCCCUGUCCGAUUGGGCAAUACCGAGAGGCCGGGUCGUUCCCCGUGUGUAACCAAUGCGUGAAAUCAUGUGCCGCAGUAAACAGGUUCGAGUCCCGACCCUGUGGCGGAUCCUCGCCUGGCCAUUGCGGGGAGUGUUUUGAUGGAUACGCUGCAUUAACCUACGCUGCAGAGGGUAAAUGCAUACAAACACCUGAGACUGCACAACGGUCUACAGAGAAAUCCCCACCAGAGGCCGCGAUAUACAAAUCCCUUCCUGUACCGUCUAAAGACGGGACGUCUCACUUGAAUUCCAUAGACAAAGCGGCCGUAGAGAUCCACGCUAGAGCCGAGGCCAGUGUCAACAUUGAUGGGGGAACUGUAGUCGGGAGUCUUGUUGCGAUCAUUUUUGUGGGCGUUUUGAUUGUUGUUGUGAGCGUGAAAUAUAUCCGCAAAAGAUCGCAAUCAGAACGAGGGCCAAUGACCGGAACCUCUGCUAGCGAGAACACAGCCUUUAUCAGAACAGCCCCAGCCAGCAAGACGACAAUGAACACUAGCGGUACCUCAUUGAGUAGCCGGGUGGAGAUGGACGCAGUUCCGGAUGUGCGCAGCGAGAUACCGGAAUUGGUGACUGCGAGUCAGUUAGAAGCCCUCCUUCAAUCAGCUUACAGUCCAACCUAUCCCAGUCAUACGCUCACCCCUGAUGAUCCCUUCACCAAGCAGUGUAUCACCCACAUCGCGACGAACAUCGGAGGGGAAGCGAACCGACGCGACCUGUUCCGCGCGCUGAACAUUAAACCGGCGGUUUAUGAGCCGGAAGAGGAAAAGUGGCUGAGGGAAAAACACAACUAUGCUGAUUGUAUAUACAUUGUUCUGCGGGCGUGGCUAGUGCAGAAUACAGGGACGGAAAUAGCCGAUCUUGCUCAUGUGUGCCGCUGCCUGGAGCAGUCCAAUCUGAGCGUCAUUUCUAAAGCAUUGGUUUCUAUGCACUUUGCUCAAGCCACACAAUCUCAAGCGACCGAAAGUGCUAGUUCAGAACUUGGGAACAUGGAAACGGCUACGAGCGUUUCUUGACGCAGACCCAAAAGUGAGAGUUUUUUCUAUGAAAACAUUUGUCAACACCAACGUCCAAUCGUAAGACCGACUCAAUUGAAGUAGAAACUUUAUAUGUAACAUUUUCUUCGAGUCUUAGGAUCAAGAAAUCGGAAGGAGUUGUGUUUAGUGUUCGGAAAUUAUUCCCAUAAUUAUCAUUAAAAAUGAUCAUUAUUUCAUUUUGCAAUUGUAAAAUGAAAUAUGUAAAGCAUUUGCUUCACAAAUUCGUGGACCAUCGGUUUUACGUAGGAUAUAAGAACUUUACAAUAUGUAAACCCGCGAUAGACUUUAUUUGAUAUUGUACAUAACUAGUUCUUGUGAAAAAUGUUUUACCACUAUUCGCGUGAUUUUCAAAAUAUGUGUCUUGUUCUGAUAAAACUGGGCAUAAUACAUGUGCGUAAAGUGUUGUCCCAGAUUAGCCUGUGCAGUCCGCACAGGCUAAUCAGAAACGACACUUUCCGCCUUAACUAGAUUUUCGGUAAGGAGGGACUUCCUUGAAACUAAAAUAACCAUACAAGCGGAAAGUGUCGUCCCUGAUUAGCCUGUGCGGACUGCACAGGCAAAUCUGGGACGACACUUUACGCACAUGAAUUAAGCGCAGUUUUCUCAGAACAAGACACAUAUAAACAUUUUGAAAUGUGUUAAGAACACUUAUGUGAGGGAGAAUCUUUGUGGAUUUAUAAUCCUUCUUCAUUAACGUCAAUACAGAAAAUCGUUUCUACCAGUGUAUUUGCGUGAAUUUCAGCGCAGACGUAUAGGAAGUACGCGAUGUACAGGAAGUACUAGCUUGCUUCGUAAUUUUGAUGAAAUGUAUGUGUCUAAAGACCCGAUUGCAUCAUUUUUGACCGGUUCAGUUAAUCUGUUCUCUUUGUUUCCAUGGUGUCUAGCAUGAGCAGAUUAUGUGCUUAUUUGUGAAUGUUGCACCGUUUUAUUAAGGUUUUUUUACAUUUCGUAUGUAUGUCUCUUACGUAUACACGAAUAGACUUUGCUUCGGCCCUUCUGUCUUUCAAACUUCAAAGUCUGUGAUAUCUUCUCAGCAUAAUGUUCAUGCUAUAUUUAUUCGUUCAUUCUCUUUCGCAUAUAUUUAAUCGUUGACUUUGUCGUUGUUAACGAUUAUAUGAAUUAAUGUUGUUCGUUUUCCAGUAGUUUAGAGUGCCUUAUUAGGUCAUUAUUUUUAAUCGAAAUUAUUGUCUUGACUAAUUAAAUGAUAUAUCUGAAUAAGUCAGGUUUAAUAAUGAUUUGAUAUAUUAAAAUCGUAUUAACAACAGGAUAAGUAAAGAAUUUAAAGAUGGAACAUUAACAUUAAUAUGUUAAUGACUAUGUGCUACAUUUAAAGUGGUCAAUCCAGCUAUGUUAAUGACUAUAUGCUACAUUUAAAGUGGUCAAUCCAGCUAUGUUAAUGACUAUAUGCUACAUUUAAAGUGGUCAAUCCAGCUAUGUUAAUGACUAUAUGCUACAUUUAAAGUGGUCAAUCCAGCUAUGUUAAUGACUAUAUGCUACAUUUAAAGUGGUCAAUCCAGCUAUGUUAAUGACUAUAUGCUACAUUUAAAGUGGUCAAUCCAGCUAUGUUAAUGACUAUAUGCUACAUUUAAAGUGGUCAAUCCAGCUUUAAGGAACUUAGGAUUGAUCCAACUAAAAAUCGUUUUCUUUCAUUUCUCCAAUUUUGUAUAAAAAUUGCUCGUUUCAGUUAAUUAUGUCGACAUCAAACGUGCACAAAUAUUUAUUUCCACGAAUACGAGCAGAUUUGAAUACUCGUUGUUUAAAAUUUAAUAACGAUACGUAAAAAUUAGGGUGUUUACUAAGAAUAAAUCCUGGUUUUUAAUGUUAUUAAAAUCAAACACAAUUUAAUCAGUCUACAUUAGCGGUCAUGCUCCGUGUUAUUUUGCACUUUUUGAAACAAUAAAUAAACAAAUAUCCAAUAGUUUCAUAUAAACCAAUCAAAACAACUGCUCAUUGUUUGAUUUGCAUAUAUACGUAUAGUUGGUAUUGUUAAUAACUGUCUAAAUUAUAAAUAUGGAGCAUAAAAGUGUAAGUUCUGAAUAAAAUAUAUUUUCAACGAAAAUACUGAACACAAGUCACUAACUUUGCAACAUUUUGCUAUCCUAUUUCAUAAUACCCUUUUCGAUGUUAUGUUUCUGUUAAAAUUGUACCAGACAAUAUGUUUAGUUUUUCUAUUAUGCUGCUAUGCAGAGACGAUCUUUUACUCUACAACUGAUUGCAAUAACUUUGUUGAGAUUUUGUAUAUGCUGUCCUUUAACAGUGUAUUGUUUAUAUUUUCUGUUACAUGAGUACAAUUACA